AUGUCAUCAACAGCGUCAUCAUCGUACUUAACUUCUAAAAGAUUCAAUUAUCUAGAUAAUCCAUUUUAUUAUAUUGAUAAAGAACUUGAAGAUAAUGUUGAACCUAAAAAUCAGACAAAACCAAAAAUUGACAUUAAAAAAAGUUUUAGAUUUAUUAUUGCCAUUGUUGUAAUAUUAUUGAUUUUCAUACUAGCUAUAAUUUUUGCAAUAAUGAGUAGUUUUAUUAUUAAUAAUCCAAUUAGAAAUGGAGAUAAAAUUGAAAAGCUAACUAAUAUAACAUAUCCUCAAUUAAAAGCCAUUAGAACAAGUUUAAUUGAUCCAGAUACUCCCAAAAAUGUAACUAAUUUUCAAGAUAAUUGGACUCUUGUGUUUUCUGAUGAAUUUGAAAUUGAUGGUAGGACAUUUCAUGAAGGUGAUGAUCAAUUUUUCACUGCUGUUGAUAUCUAUUAUUCAGCAACCCAUGAUUUAGAAUAUUAUCUUCCACAAAUGGUUACUACAACUGAAGGGAAUUUAGAGAUUACAUUUGAUAAAUUUAAUUAUUCCGGAUUGGAAUACGUGUCAGGUAUGAUUCAAAGUUGGAAUAAAUUAUGUUUUAAUAAACAAGCAAGAGUUGAAAUUAAAGCCAAAUUACCCUUUGAUAUCAAACAUGGAUUAUGGCCUGCUGCUUGGUCAUUAGGAAAUUUGGCAAGACCUGGUUUUUUAGCAACUACUGAUGGUACUUGGCCAUAUACUUAUGAUGAAUGUGAUUCAGGUAUAUUACCAAAUCAAUCAACUUUAAAUGAAGGAAUGUCUUAUUUACCAGGUCAAAAAUUAAGUAAAUGUACUUGUUUAGGAGAAGAUCAUCCAAGUCCUGGAAUUGGAAGAGGAGCUCCUGAAAUUGAUAUUAUUGAAGGUUUAUAUCAUUAUGAUAAAUUUUGGGGUGUACAAACUUUACAAGUUGCACCAUUUGAUGAAUGGUGGAGACCAGAUUAUGAUUAUGUCGGAAUUGAAAAUACAAAUAUCACAAUUAUACGUGAAGAUAUUGGCACUGUUUAUCAAGAAUCAAUUUCAUUGGGAACUCAAUUAAACACAAGUGAGUUUCAUAUUUUCACAAUGGAAUAUAAAAGUUCAUUAAAUGAUAUUGAUAGUUAUAUUACCUUUGCUAUUGAUGGUAUAACAACAUUUUCAAUUAAUGGGUCAGCAUUGCAUCCAAAUGAUUAUAUUGGAUGGAGACAAAUCACAAAAGAACCAAUGUCUUUGGUGUUCAACAUGGGUUUGUCAUAUAUGUGGAAUCAAGAUUUGAACACUGAUGAAUUACAACUACCAAGUAAAUUCUUAAUUGAUUAUAUUCGAAUUUAUCAACCCAAAGAUGCAAUUGAAAUGACUUGUGAUCCUAAAGAUUACCCUACUGAUGACUAUAUUAGAAAUCAUAAAAAUGCUUAUGAGAAUUCAAAUUUAACAUCUUGGAAAUCUGCUGGUUAUAGUUUUCCUAAAAAUUUAUUAUUAAACCAAUGUAAAGUAUAA